CAAUGUAACUGUCGCUAAAACAGCUCAUUGAAGGGAACGCAUCAGAAUUCAAAGUAUUAUUUACAAAGCUUCAUGACUGAAAGCAACUUGGAGAAAAGGUAGACAUCCCAACAAGUUUGUAUAAUAUCCCUAUAAGGUGUGUGGAGUUACCUAGGACUGGUUGACUUGGCUCUCUGGUACAAUGAUGCCAGGGCAAUGCGGGAAGAGAGGGCUAUCCUCAAUAGCUUGGACGUUAUCGCUUCUGGUUGCCCUCCACCUACCCACGAUCCACUGCCAUGAGGGUGAACACGCACCGCCAGGUGAAGAUGGCCAUCGUCGCCUGGACAGGAACAUGGUCCAGGAUAAAGACCAUAUCCUGGAGCACCUGGAGGGCGUGAUUGACAAGCCGGAGUCGGACAUGUCUCCCCACGAGCUGCAGCUGCACUACUUCAAGAUGCACGACUACGACGGGAACAACCUGCUGGACGGCCUGGAGCUGGCCACCGCCAUCACACACGUGCACAAGGAGGAACAGGGAGCCGAAAGUCAACCAAUGAAAGAGGAGGAUUUAAUUACCCUUAUCGAUGACGUGCUGCGCGAUGACGACAAGAACAACGAUGGCUACAUAGACUAUGCCGAGUUUGCCAAGUCUCUGGAGUAAAGAGGAGAGGCGGCGUUACCAAAGGACGAAGAGGAAGCCACAGGGUUUGCCUUACCACAGCUGUACCGUAGAAUGUUACAACACACACACACACACACACACACACACACACACACACACACACACACACACACACACACACACCCUUACUGCUGUCUGAUCCAAGUAGUCUCUGUUGAAUGCUGUGAAUUCACCUCUGCUUGGAUCUCAAUCAGAAGAGACUGUGUUACAAAGGGAUCACUUUACAGUGUGUAUAUGAUGACUCAGUUGUGUACAGAACCUGCCAAAUGUAUAUACCAAUAAUAAACAGACCGCAGAAUACUGUGUGUUUUAAGUAAAAUAAGAAAUAUUUGAAAAACAAAGCAAAGCAUUGAAGAGAU